UUACAGUGUGAAGCAAAACAGCCCACUUUUGCCCCCCCUUCCUCUUCUAUCGUCUUCCCAUCUCGAAGAAAAACUUAGGGUUAGGGUCUGGGUUGGGGUUUCUUUCAUUUUCUUCUUCUUUUUUUGUGGUUGUAAAGAGGAAAAACAUGCAGCAGCCUCCACAGUUGAUGAACAUCACCACAGAGCAGAUUCAAAAGACCCUGGACGAGAAUAAAGAGUUGAUUAUGGCAAUACUGGAGAAUCAAAACCAGGGAAAAUUCGCUGAGAGCGCCUCGUUUCAAGCACAGCUGCAGCAGAACCUAAUGUAUCUAGCUAAAAUUGCUGAUGCUCAGCCACAAGCAUCAACAUCUUCUCAGAUACCUCCGCAGUCUGCAGUGCAGCAAGAGCAAUACGUUCAGUCCGCACAAGCUGAAAUGGCUAAGCACCAUCCAGGUUUCUUAUCUUCAAAGUUGCCUUCCCCGUUGAAUGAUCAGCAGCAGCAACCACAGCAGCCAAUUUAUCUCCAACAACAGCAACUGGACCAACCACAAGUGAUCUUAAGAUCAGUUGCCCCUAGUGGCAACUAUCAGGGCGUGCAAACUGGGCUUGGUAACAAUUUCAUGAAUAUUCAUGGAAACAAACAAGACACCUCAGAAGUUGGUGCUGGUGAAAGCUUUCCAAGCACAGCGUAUGGACGACGCUAGAGAUAGGAAUGCACGAGGCUUCAAUGAUGUUAAACUGGCUAGUACCCUGGUGUUUACAUACUUCUCUGCCUAGAAUAAUGUGAUUGUAUUUUGUUGCUCUUUUUUGGUGCCAUGGAAAUAGGGAAAAAAGUGGCAGGGACAUACUAGUGAAGAAUGGACUUGGUUCCUUUUUCAUCUCUUUGACUUAGUU